AUGCCCAAACCAAAGUCAGUCCAAUUCCAACAUCGGAGAAACGGCAAUGCAAAUGGCGACCGCCGUCGAACGCCCUCCAGCUCAAGCGAAUCCGCCUCAGAUCCGCCGAGUCCUGCAAGAGAAGCUGCUGGUACCAACAGCAAUGGUACAAUAGUCAAAGGAGAGAAGUCCCGGGUAGAGCCAUCCGAGUAUGAAAAGAAGAAGGCCACCUUCAUUACACGUACAAUAUGGACUUUGGCCAUGAUAGGAGGCUUCUUCGGUGCAAUGUUCGCUGGACAUGUGUACGUCUUGAUGAUCAUCACAAUGGUUCAGAUCGUUUCUUUCAAAGAGGUCAUUGCGAUUGCACAAGUGCCCACUAAACAGAGGGAUCUGCCUUUGACCAGAUCGCUAAACUGGUACUUCCUCGCUGUGACGAUGUAUUUUCUGUACGGCGAAAGUGUCAUCUACUACUUCAAGCAUGUUUUGCUGGUGGACAAGGUCCUGCUUCCUUUCGCUACGCAUCACCGUUUCAUCAGUUUCAUGAUGUAUAUCUUUGGCUUUGUAUUCUUCGUGGCCUCCUUGAAAAAGGGUCACUACCGCUUUCAAUUCACCCAGUUCGCCUGGACUCAUAUGGCAUUGUACUUGAUCAACGUACAGGCGCAUUUCAUGAUGAACAAUGUCUUUGAGGGAAUGAUCUGGUUCUUUUUGCCAGCUUCCCUCGUCAUCACUAAUGAUAUCUUCGCCUACAUCUGCGGCAUAACGUUCGGGCGUACUCAACUCAUCAAAAUCUCUCCUAAAAAGACUGUCGAAGGGUUUGUCGGAGCCUGGAUCUGCACAAUUAUUUUCGGCUUCGGCCUCACCAACAUCCUGAUGCGCUACAAAUACUUCAUCUGCCCGGUCAACGACCUGGGCUCAAAUAUCUAUACAGGUCUUGAAUGCACCCCAAACCCAGUCUUCACACCCCGGCCAUAUGACCUGGCCCCAUGGACUGGUCUGAACUACACUAUCUGGAUUGCCGACAUGCAAUUCCAUAUUCUGGUUUUUGCAACGUUUGCAUCCCUUAUCGCGCCGUUCGGCGGAUUCUUCGCGUCUGGUCUCAAGAGAACCUUCAAGAUCAAGGACUUCGGAGACAGCAUCCCUGGUCAUGGGGGCAUGACUGACCGGAUGGAUUGUCAGUUUAUCAUGGGCUUCUUUGCAUACAUGUAUUACCAGAGUUUCAUCGCCGUCUACAAGACAAGCGUCGGGAGUGUCAUCGAAUCCGCCAUUGUUGGUCUGACUCCCGAAGAGCAAGUCGAAGUCGUCAAAGGGUUGGGCAAGUACUUGUACAACCAAGGCAUAGUUUCCGAAGAGGUCUUGAAAUGUCUCACAACUCAACUUUCCAAAAGAUGA